AUGGACUUGAGCAUGAAGAAGUUCGCCGUGCGCAGGUUCUUCUCCGUGUACCUGCGCAAGAAGUCGCGCUCCAAGAGCUCCAGCCUGAGCCGGCUCGAGGAAGAAGGCAUCGUGAAGGAGAUCGACAUCAGUCACCAUGUGAAAGAAGGAUUCGAGAAGGCAGACCCUUCCCAGUUUGAGCUGCUGAAAGUUUUAGGCCAAGGAUCCUACGGAAAGGUGUUCCUGGUAAGGAAGGUCAAGGGGUCGGACGCCGGGCAGCUCUACGCCAUGAAGGUCCUCAAGAAAGCCACCUUAAAAGUUCGGGACCGAGUCAGAUCCAAGAUGGAGAGAGACAUCCUGGCGGAAGUGAACCACCCUUUCAUCGUGAAGCUUCAUUACGCCUUUCAGACGGAAGGAAAACUCUACCUGAUCCUGGACUUCCUGCGCGGAGGGGACCUCUUCACCCGGCUCUCCAAGGAGGUAACCGCCCCCCAGCCCCAGGAGGGCCUGUCUGCAAUUCGAGGGGAAGGGAUUGGGGAGGGCGGAGCGGAGAGGACGGCCAUCCUCCUGGACGAAGAGGGACAUAUCAAGAUCACAGAUUUCGGGCUGAGCAAGGAGGCCAUCGACCACGACAAGAGGGCUUAUUCCUUCUGCGGGACCAUCGAGUACAUGGCGCCGGAGGUGGUGAACCGGCGGGGGCACACGCAGAGCGCCGACUGGUGGUCCUUCGGCGUGCUCAUGUUCGAGAUGCUCACGGGGUCCCUGCCGUUCCAGGGGAAGGACCGGAAGGAGACCAUGGCCCUCAUCCUCAAAGCCAAGCUGGGGAUGCCUCAGUUCCUCAGCAUGGAGGCGCAGGGUCUGCUGCGAGCCCUCUUCAAGAGGAACCCCUGCAACCGGCUGGGUGCUGGCAUUGACGGAGUGGAGGAGAUUAAGCGUCACCCUUUCUUUGUCACCGUAGACUGGAAUAAGCUGUACCGGAAGGAGAUCAAGCCACCGUUCAAGCCAGCGGUGGGCAGGCCUGAGGACACCUUCCACUUCGACCCCGAGUUCACAGCACGGACACCCACAGACUCUCCCGGCAUGCCCCCGAGUGCCAACGCUCACCACCUGUUCAGAGGAUUCAGUUUUGUGGCCUCAAGCCUGGUCCAGGAGCCCUCGCAGCAAGACCUGCACAAAGUUCCAGUCCACCCGAUCGUGCAGCAACUGCAUGGGAACAACAUCCACUUCACCGAUGGCUACGAGAUCAAGGAGGACAUCGGGGUGGGCUCCUACUCGGUGUGCAAGCGGUGUGUGCACAAAGCCACCGACGCGGAGUACGCCGUGAAGAUCAUCGACAAGAGUAAAAGAGACCCCUCGGAAGAGAUCGAGAUCCUCCUGAGGUACGGCCAGCACCCGAACAUCAUCACCCUCAAAGACGUCUACGAUGACGGCAAGUACGUGUACCUGGUGAUGGAGCUGAUGCGCGGCGGGGAGCUCCUGGACCGCAUCCUCCGGCAGAGGUGCUUCUCGGAGCGCGAGGCCAGUGACGUGCUGUGCACCAUCGCCAAGACCAUGGACUACCUGCACUCCCAGGGGGUGGUCCAUCGAGACCUGAAGCCCAGUAACAUCCUGUACGUGGACGAGUCUGGAAACCCUGAAUCCAUCCGCAUCUGCGACUUCGGGUUUGCCAAGCAGCUGCGCGCUGAGAACGGGCUGCUGAUGACACCUUGCUACACGGUGAACUUUGUGGCCCCCGAGGUCCUGAAACGUCAAGGGUAUGAUGCAGCGUGUGACGUCUGGAGUCUGGGGAUCCUGCUGUACACCAUGCUGGCGGGAUUCACCCCUUUUGCCAACGGCCCGGAUGACACUCCCGAGGAGAUCCUGGCCAGGAUCGGCAGUGGGAAGUUCGCCCUCGCCGGGGGGAACUGGGAUUCCAUAUCCGACGCAGCGAAGGACGUCGUGUCCAAGAUGCUCCACGUGGACCCUCAUCAGCGCCUGACGGCGGUGCAAGUACUCAAACACCCGUGGAUUGUCAACAGAGAGUACCUGUCCCAAAACCAGCUCAGCAGACACGACGUUCACCUGGUGAAGGGUGCGAUGGCCGCCACCUACUUCGCUCUAAACAGGACACCUCAGGCCCCGCGGCUGGAGCCGGUGCUGGCGUCCAACCUGGCGCAGCGCAGGGGCAUGAAGAGACUCACGUCCACCAGGUUGUAGCAGGUGGACGCCUGGCCACAGCCCCGCGCCACCCCGCCGAGCGCCCUCUCAGGCUUGCAGACACCGCACAGAUGCAGACCCGUUCACAGCCCCCGGAGGGGCCGCGAGGGGACGUGGGCAGAGCACGCUUCCUGUGUCUGUGUUUUCUUUUCCAGCCCGGAGAGGACCCUGGGCUGGGGACUUCUCGGAGCCUCGCUCUGCCUCCUGCACCUGCACCUCCUUCUCCAUCCUCAAGCGACCCAGCGAGCUUGUCUCACCUCCCGGUGCCCUGGAGGCCCUGUGGUGCCCUCUCAGACCCCGCAGGUGUUCACACACAUGGCUCGUGUGUGGCGGAGAGGCAGACUCCAGCCGCGAGCCGGGGCGCUAGUGGCCUCCCAGCGCAGGCCCCAGUUACUGAGGUUACCCGAAGGACAGCGACAGGCAGGGAUGCGCGUGGCCGGGUCGCAGAGCCCCCUGCGGGGCUGCAAGCUCCGGGCAUCUGUGGCUUCCCGCGAGCUGGGGGGGGCACCAGGCCCCACCCAUGAUAAUCCAAAGAGCCGCCUCCUCGUCGUCCCCGAUUCCUGAAUUCGAAUGAGGGGAAGAGCCCGACCCGGAAUCAGCUGGCUGUGUUUGCCUCAUGGCCACAGUUCGCAGGACUCGAGAGGGGGCCUCUGGGGUGCAGCCAGGCAGCCUGUGUC